UACCACAGAAGGAUGCCUGCCUCUGACUUGGUGUGUCACACUAAACAAGAGGCCAGAGUUUGUCCAAAAUGGCUGCCCAGAAACAACCCCUCGCCUGUGUUAGAAGAUGAUGCCUUUCUGAGGGACAGUUCUCUCUUCCGGCUCAUGUCUUGCCUGGUCUCUCUUUCUCUGAGUCUCUGAUCAUGCCUUCUUUUUUAACGAUUUACCCUCAAGACUGCUGAAAUUCUAACUAUCCAAGAUGCCCGUCCCUCCCCCACCAGCACCCCCACCACCACCAACAUUUGCACUCGCCAACACCGAGAAACCCACCUUGAAUAAGACAGAACAGGCUGGGAGGAAUGCCCUUCUCUCUGACAUCAGCAAAGGGAAGAAGCUUAAGAAGACAGUCACCAAUGACAGAAGUGCCCCAAUAUUGGACAAACCGAAGGGAGCUGGUGCCAGUGGUGGUGGUGGCUAUGGUGGAGGCAGCGGAGGUGGUGGAGGAGGAGGAGGCAGCGGUGGCGGUGGAAAUUUUGGAGGAGGUGGUCCUCCAGGAUUGGGAGGACUAUUCCAGGCUGGAAUGCCGAAGCUGAGGUCCACUGCCAACAGGGAUAAUGAUUCUGGAGGAAGCCGACCGCCGAUUUUGCCACCAGGAGGAAGAGCCACAUCUGCCAAGCCCUUUUCGCCCCCAAGUGGCCCGGGGAGGUUUCCUGCACCCUCACCAGGCCACAGGAGUGGGCCCCCAGAACCUCCCAGGAACAGAAUGCCUCCCCCGAGGCCUGAUGUGGGCUCAAAACCAGAUAGCCUUCCCCCUCCGGUACCAAAUACGCCAAGACCCAUUCCGUCGAGUCUGCACAACCGGGGAUCCCCAGCAGGGCUGGGAGGCCCUAGGCCCCCCUUUCCCGGAAACCGAGGUGCUGCUUUUGGAGCAGGUUCUGUGCGCCAGAACCCCUCGAGCUCCUCCUCUCCGUUCCCCAGGCCCCCUUUGCCCCCCACUCCAAACCGGGCCUUGGAUGACAAGCCCCCUCCACCACCUCCUCCCGUGGGCAACAGGCCCUCCAUCCACAGAGAAGCGGUUCCCCCGCCCCCGUCACAGAACAGCAAACCUCCGGUGCCUUCCACCCCGCGGCCUGGGUCGGGUUCACAGGCACCACCUCCUCCGCCACCGCCCAGCCGGCCAGGGCCCCCUCCUCUGCCUCCGACUUCCAGCGACGAGAUCCCCAGGCUGCCACAGCGGAACCUGUCCCUCACGUCCUCUGCACCUCCCUUGCCUUCACCUGGACGCUCGGGGCCUCUCCCUCCCCCACCCAACGAGAGGCCCCCUCCUCCUGUGAGGGAUCCGCCAGGCAGAUCAGGCCCCCUCCCACCACCACCUCCAGUAAACAGAAAUGGAAGCACACCUCGGGCCCUGCCUGCCACCCCUCAGUUGCCAUCCAGGAGUGGAAUAGACAGUCCCAGAAGUGGGCCUAGGCCUCCUCUUCCUCCUGACAGGCCUGGUGCUGGGGCACCGCCCCCACCCCCACCAGCCACAUCAGUUCGAAAUGGCUUCCAAGACUCAUCUUGCGAAGAUGAGUGGGAAAGCAGAUUCUACUUCCAUCCGAUUUCUGACUUGCCGCCUCCAGAGCCAUAUGUACCAACAACCAAGACAUAUCCCAGCAAACUGGCCAGAAAUGAAAGCCGAAGUGGAUCCAACAGAAGAGAAAGGGGAGCCCCACCCCUUCCUCCCAUCCCGAGGUGAUCUCUGCCUGCUCCACUCUACCCAAGCUCCAAAGCUGCUUCUGUUGUUGCUGUUUGAAAACUACACGGCCCUCCUCUUGCUUUGCCCCGCUCAGAGAGAGUAGGAGGGAGGACCGGAAGCUGAGGAGGGCAUCCCUGCGUGUGGGGGUGGGGAAAGAAGCGCCUAGCUGUUUAUGUUGUAUAUAUUCCUGAGCUAUUGCUUGUAUCAGCUGCAGCCUGCCAGGGUCGGCUGCUGGGAUCGAUAAGCUUUUGUUAUAAGCAGACAGAGAAGAAUUGUAUCCCAGCUUUCAGCCCCACAAGGUCAGACUUUCACUGCUCUUUUGCUACAAGCUGAAGCUGUUAAAUUCCCUGAGAGCUGGUUUUCUCUAUGCCUUUCUUGCUCACAUGGCCUCUGGUCUGUUUCCACGAACCGCAGACCGCCCAAGCAAGUUGCUGAGCAAGCCUUACAUGGAGCCCUGUGGUUGCAGGAUGUCCAAUCUUUGGCAGUCUGAGGUAGGCUCCAGGGCAGAGCUGUCUAACAGACACAUAACGCGAGCCCCAUUCCCGGCCUUAAAAUGACCAGCAGCCAUGUUUUAUAAAGGUAAAAGGAAACAGAUGAAAAGAAUUCCAUUGUACUUAGCUCUGUGCAUCUGAAAUACCACGUCAACUUGUAUUGUUAAUGAGAUAUUCACAGUUUUUUGGGUACUAAGUCUUCACACUCCAGUAACCAUCCUGUACUUAGAACAAACACGUGGCCAGAUUUCAAGUGUCCACAUGCGCCUGAGCACCACACUGUCAGACAGUCUGGGAGACAGGAGCUAGUACAGAAAGCUUGUGCCUAAAAAGGCAAAUUGAGUUUUAGCAAUUCAAGAGAUGUCCCAAGACAAAGUCAGAACUUGAUACAAUGUUUGGCAGGCAGUAAGAGCUUAGAUUUUUGACCCUUAUUUUGCCUUUUUCCUUAAUAUGUAUGUGCAGGUGUUUUUUCAAAGUAUCUUAGUCAGAAAUGUAUCUAGUACAGUUUACAGUCACAUGGAAUAAAGCCACUGUAAGAAAACGGAAAUUUCUGGGCACUUCCUGGCUCAGAACCAGCUGGCUUGUGCACUCUCUGGUCACUGGCCUUGCAGACCUUCUGUGGCUUUUCAGUCCUCCACCCCAGAGAAAACUCCUUCCUCAGGUCAGGAAAGGCUAGGAGGGCAAGAUAGGAGAAGAAAGUCAAAGAAUGUAUCAAAUGAGAAUUAUGGGAGAAAGGAACAGCUUUGAUGUUGGGCCGAACUCUACACAACCAACUGGGGUCAAGUAGAUUAAGGAGCUUACCAGUGGAACCUGGAAAGCAUUGGCUUUGAAUUUCUCGGGAGAAUCAUUGUCUUGGAUCUGUGCAAGUAAGUUCCACUAAAGGACCGACCACAAAAAGGGCCAGGCUUGCCUUUUAUAUAUAUAUAUAAUUUUGUUUACAACAUUUUACUGGGACUUUGAAAUCUAGUUGUAGAGUUGAAAAAAGAUUUCCACUUUGAUGUUUUAUAUAGUCAUGUUUAAUGUUACCAUUGUCUAUUAAAGCACACGGCCACAUAUGUGUAUCUACCUGAACUUUGUAUUUUGGGUCCAGUGUAUUGCUCACAUGUUGCUGGGAGAUGCUAACAAAAAAAAAAAAAUCAAUCCAAAGAAAAAUGGAAAGACAUUCCUAUUUAUAGAAUGAUUGUUUCGUUUAUAUAAAAGCAUAACUUAGGAGUUCUAAUAGAUGAAAUGUCUAAUAAAUUAUAAGGUGAUUGAUUUGAAUAUAUUGUAUUUUUAUAACUUUCCUUGCCAAAGCCCUGGACCUAGUUCUUUAGAGAGUAAUUUUCCUCCCUUCUCCUCUGCCGUUUGUCUGUCUUCCGUGAGAACAAAGAAAUAAAAGGUUUAACAAGCUUGACAGUUAUUUUCAUUUUUAACAUUUUAAAAUGUAUUAUGAAUUCUUUGAUCUGAUAUUCCCUAGGAUAAACAUCCUUUUGAUAGAUGCUCAGUGACCCACUUUACUGAAAAUAGAAUCGGUCCUUCCUUGUGCUGUGUAUGACAGAGAAAGGUCGGACUCAAAAAUUGUGGGUCUCAGUUUUUUUAAGGGAUAGUGAAAAUUGGAGAAGUCCUGGUGAAUCUGUUUUUCAGGUACUUUCUAAGUCAGGAAUGGGGUCACAGCUCAAAGUUGCCAUUCAUAAUAAAGGUUUAGAAUGUAUUUUGCAAAGAAUGUUUCAUUAAUACAUGUAUAUCCUAUCUUUGGAAGUCAGUGACCCAAUUGCAUUUAAAACUCUGGAGUUCUGUGUUUACCUUAACCUAUGGCAGAUCACACACACACACACACACACACACACACACACAUACACACGACUAUUUUCUUCCCUGAAAUCAAAGCUUACAUGUAUGUUUUUUCCAUAAUAUUUCAAGUUAUGUGUAUUUAAGAUGCAAUGCAGUAUUUUAACAUUUGCAAAUCAUUUUAUAUGGAAAUAUAUUGCAGUAUUAAAAUUCAGUGUUCUGUGUCUAUUUCACUAUGCAUUUUAUUUACAGAAAGCUGAGAAAAUGUUUAACCCAAUGGUGCCUUACUUUUGAUCGGAAAAGAAUUGACUUUUUAUGUCUAGUGGAUUUGUCGCAUAUUUGUAAAAACUGUUAGGCCUUUAUAUUUUAACUUGUAAUAUCAAUUUUGUUAUUUUAGUACCAGAAACAGGGUGGUUAUUGAAGUCUUCUCAAAGUUUUGGUAUGAAAUUAACUUUCCCUGUAUUAUAGGCAGGAGCUGUAGAAGAAUUUUUUUCAUACCACUGCACUGUGUAAACAGACACAGACAUCUGUGUCAUCAGGGUAGUUAAAUGGUAGGGUAGAAUCUACCAUAGACACCUGCAUGUUUGUAAGUUAUCCAGAUAAUAAAUAAAAAGCAGAAUGAUACGGUG